AGCAGUAGGAGGUUCAUAGAGUAACACCUACUACAUUUUGACAGAACCUCGGAGCAGAUGCUGAGAGAGCUUACAUCCACCAAAAUGAUUCUCCAUUGGACACUGAUGCUUACAGUUUUCAUCCUGUGCGAACAUGUUAAAGGCUGGAAUUCUUCUUCAGAUACAGUCACUGUGCCAGAGGUUACUGAACUUCAGGCUUUGGACAUGUGGAGGCUGGAGGUGAAGUGGAUGAUGGAUCAGAAGGAAGAACAGAGAAAUCAAACGUAUGAAAUACAAGUUGGACGCUCAACAAACAUGGAUAUUGUCGACAGUUCUGUCUACAGAUGAACGUAAGCAGAGGAUCACUGGAAGCAGUUCACACACUGGUUUGGACCUCACAGCUCCCGCUGAACUGUGUCGAUCACUCUAUUAGAAUAAGAUUCAUCUCAGGUGCUUCACCACCCAGCUCUUGGAGUUCAUGGAAAACCAUCUAUGGGGAGAUGAACUUGGCCCACAAUGAAAUCAAGAUGUUUCCAGACGACCAGGUGCUUCGGGAGGGAUCCACGGUGAUGUUCUGCUGCAUUUAUCCCAAAGAGACACACAUCACCUCUAUGUUCUUCAGCAACACUCCCUACAAAGUCAUCAACAUUAGCCCACAGGUCAAAGCCAUUCGAGUGGAAAACAUCAAAGCCACAAAUUCAUUUGGUGUCAACUUCUACUGCGACAGGAACAGUGAUGUAUCAGCAUAUAACUUUGUCACCUUUCCUCCUGAGAAACCAUUCGAUUUUAGAUGUGAAACUGAAGACAUGAGACACGCAUACUGCUUGUGGAAAAUACACAGAGCUCCUAACCUAGAAGGCGACCAGAGAAGGAAGUACACAUUACAAAUCAGUGACACCAAGUCUGUUAGCUGUGAUGUGGAAGACACAGAUCCUGCCUCCUGCAGAUUUGACGUCAUCCCACAUCAGAUCACCUACAACAUCACAUUACUUGUGACAAACAGUUUGGGGCAAGAGAGUGAGACCUACACAUUCAGUAUCACAGACAGAGUUUUUCCCGUCCCUGAGCAUCUUGAAGUGACUGCAGGUGUGUUUGAUUUGUUGGUGAUCUUGCAGCUGAAUGGGAGUUUCAAAGGACUUCUGCUGAGAUGCCAGACUGAACUUGAACCAGGAGGGAUAAUACAGGAUUUAGAUAAGAAUGGAUCUGACUCAAUGCAGUAUUACGCAUUCAGACUGCAGCACCUAAAGCCCAGCAAGCUGUACUCCGUUAGGGGGCGCUGUGCAGUACAGAGGAACGACUGGGGACGAUGGACAAUACAAAGACAAUUCAUCACAGAACCUCUAGUGACCAUAGAUCUGUGGGGCCAAACCAGGGAGCAUCCCAAUCGCACCAUCACACUGCUGUGGAAAACAGUCAGCAGUGACUCAGAGUCAUACAUCAGUGCCUACGAGGUGUGUGUGGGCUACAGAAACACAGAGAGAAAUGUGUGCAGGAACGUCACACAGACACAGGUGGAACUAACCAGAGAGAUCAAUAUGAGUAACAUCACUGUGAGGGCCGUCAUUCAGUCUGGCUUAUCUGAACCAGCCCACAUCACUAUUCCUUCAGCACAUACAGAGAGCAUGCUGAGGGAGAAGAGGAUUAUGGGUAAUGAAAAGGGAUUCCAGUUGACCUGGACGAGGGACUCGACUGCCACAUGUGGUUACACCAUAGAGUGGUGCAUGUUGGGUAUUGCGCUCCCCUGCAACUUACAGUGGAGAAAAGUCCCAGCAAAUCAGACCUUCUUAAACCUGACUGCAGGGGAUUUUAAAGCAGGAGUUCAAUACGCUUUUGAAAUCUACGGCUGUAGCGCUGAGGGACACCGACGUCACGAGAAACAGAUCGGAUACUUAAAAGAACAGAAGCCCACACAACGCCCUACACUGGACUCUAGCCCAAACAUAACAUGGUCAUCUGUAAAGCUGAAAUGGAGUUUCAAUGAGAAGGAUCCGAGUCACGCUGGAUUCAUCACAGGAUAUGUGAUUACAAUACUAGACUAUUCAGACGCCGGCUCUGAUCUCAGUUCCUUCAGAGAGUCAGUGGAUGAUCCUCACAGCAAGUCUUGGACAGUCGGUGGUCUUGAGGAGGACCGGCCGUACACAUUUCAGCUGGCAGCGUGUACAUCUGCAGGCUGUGGACCGGAGACCACCGCCACCUUCAGAACCAGACAGAACUAUUACCUGCUGAUGGUGAAGGUUCUGGUUCCUCUCCUGGUUUUGAUCGGUUUUUGUGUUUGUCUGUGGUCGUUCAGAAACCUGAUAAGAGGCUUUCCAGAAGAAUCGGCCGGCUUUCUGCACAUAAAAGCACUGGACCUGGAUGAUCUUUAUGAAGCAAACAAAAAGAUCUGUACUCUGAUGAUAGAGGACUGUGAAUGGUGUGACGUUGAGAUUUUAGACGUGCAACCCAUCCCAGCAGAGAAAGAAUGGUUGACGUGCGCAGAGGACCCGAGCUGUUCAUUCAUUACUCCUAAAGUCACGCUACCAUCCGGCCAUCUUACCACAGACGUAUGGCUGGCCACACAUCUCACAAAUUUCUCUUAUGUGUCUUCUGUGCAGCAGGAUGUGCCUUCAGAGGAGCUGAAGACAGAAGCCACAAAUCAGGAGUCAGAGAUCUUGGGCUUUUCGAGCGACUAUGUCACUUCCGUAGCAACAUAAUUCCUCAAAACAGUGUCAUGAUCUUUUAUACACAACAAAGAAAGCAAGCCAGAGCUGUUGAUCUUAUCUCGUUCAGCAAGAUCGCGACAUCCUCAUGUCACCGGCGUGUUUGUAAGGGGCCCCGCUUCCUACUGCAAAAACAGCUUUUAAUGACGAGAAGUGUUGUGAAAUGCAACUGCAGUAUUUUUUGCAAUAUCUGUCAAGUAUUUUAUCUUGGUUUUGCAUGUCAUGCUAGACCUUUCUAGGCAAAAAUGUUCUCUCUCAGGGGAAAAACAUGUUCUGGAGGGGACAUUUGUAUUAUUAUUUUUUUUGUGUGUGUGUGUGUGCAUUUCUAACCCUUUGCAAUACUGUAUGUAUCAUGAAUUAACAAUGAACAAUUUUACAGUUAAGAACUUGAAAUGUUAAAAAUGUACUUACUAUUUGAAAAUUUGGGACUGGAAUGAUUUUUUAUUUAUAUGUUUUUUUGAAUAUUAUGUUCAGA